AUAGUACGAAGGGGCGCAUUGUUGUGUCAUCCAGGAUGGAACGAGGACAUCUCCAUUCUAGGAUACCCGAGUGAUGUUGACGUCGGAAUAACCGGACAGAGGGUGUUCAUCAGACGACUACUACCAUUCUGAGAGUGCUGUGGGUGUCCUAUCCCAGAGAAUUCAAAGACAAUUGAUGUGAUCUUCCUCCAUCCAGAACUCGAUUGAUCAUAUUCGCAGGCGCCAAGAUAUAUAUCCACAAGUUAUAUUACGGGCCACUGCCUCUUGUACUCCAACCCACAGAACAGUAGCUCGUCAUCCAUAGUGCUCAAAGUCGACAUGUCCCUCCCAACGCAUACACCAGUUUGGCGUAUCAAGAAUUCCCCUCAAGACUCUGUAGUUCUUGAUUUUUCUGACGAUGCAACGUUUGCUUUGACAGAAGAACCUGUGACUCAUGUUGAGGACGGGGAAAUGCUCGUGGAAACUUUGUACAUCUCCAACGACCCUGCGCAACGAGGAUGGAUCCAGAAAGGUGUAUUACCAGAACGCCUUUACACCGCUCCUGUGCGUAAAGGCGAUGUAAUGGCGACUCAUUCCAUCGCUCGUGUUCUCGCACUCAAGGACAACACUAGCCAUGGAUUCAAGGUAAACGACUUAGUUUACUGUUUGACUGUUGGGUGGCGACGAUACGCUGUGGUCAAGACAGACCCAUCUUCAUGCCUACCCGUAAUGCUACCCGAAAAUGUGUCACCUACUGCCGCUCUUGGUCUUUUUGGGGUACCUGGAUUUACUGCAUACUAUGGUCUGAGGGAUAUCUUGAAACUCAAGGAAGGAGAGUCGCUGAUUGUCAGCGCGGCUGCGGGUGCCGUCGGGAAUGUCGUCGUUCAAUACGCCAAGAAAGUGAUCAAGGCGAAAAAAGUGAUUGGAAUUGCAGGAUCAGACGAAAAAUGCCAAUGGAUCAAGGAACUCGGCGCAGACGUCGCCCUUAAUUAUAAAUCAGAUACAUUCCCUCAAGAUCUUAUUGACGCCACAUCGGACUUUGUGGAUGCAUACUUUGACAGUGUCGGUGGUUUUGUCCUGGAUCAAGUGAUUCCACGAAUCAAACAGCAUGGUCGUAUCGCAGCUUGUGGCGCCAUUUCAGGAUACAAUAAGGACGUGGGGAAACCCACGAUGGGUAGUACCUGGAUUGAAGUAGUCACCAACCGCCUAUCUAUUAAAGGCUUCGUUGUUCUUGACUUCAUGUUCCCGAAAGACGGGUCUAACAGAGUGGCCACGGAAGCCUUUCCAGACAUUGCUGGAGCACUUCAGCGGGGAGACAUCACGCUCGAACGUGCUGAGGACAUUGUGGAAGCACCCUUCGUUGACAUCCCAAAGGUUUGGGGAAGGCUUUUCACUGGCGCCAAUGCUGGGAAGUUGGUAACGAAGCUUGCAUUCAGUGCAUGAUAGGAUGACGGGAAUACUAAGUGUGUACAUAUUGCACUUUUGAUGGCCACAAAUAUCGCGUAUAUGAUCCAACCUAGCGAGAGAUAUGCGGUGUAGAGUACUAUAUACAUGACAUCUUCUUAAUGAUAUAGUCGCCCUCCCAUAUAUGUUGCGGCACGUGAUGAAAA